UUAUAUGAGCACUGCUCCACUACCCCUAACCCACUUUUUCUUCAACUUUUCUCUCUGACAAACAUUUCCUUCCCAGCGAACCAAAUGCAAAGCUCAUCAAUGGCUUCUCUAACCUCUGCUCCGAGAACCAUCUCUACCUUCAAAAAAUUACCCAGCAUAGGAUCACUACCCACUGCUUCACCUACUGUUAAAACACUACAGUUGAAGCUUACGAACCCAGCUCUCUCCCAAAGCUUCAAGAUCUACUCCACCCCACCGAAAAGUCCAAACUUUUUACUAUCCAAAAGAUUAUUCACCUGCAAAAGCCACGACGAUCCAUCAGGAUCUGCAAUAUCCGCCAAAGUUCAAGAACUGCACGUGUACGAGAUCAACGAUCUUGAUCGUGGAAGCCCUGCCGUUCUCCGACUGAGCCAAAAGCCCGUCAAUUCCCUUGGCGAUCUCGUUCCCUUCACCAACAAACUGUUCACGGGAGACCUGAAAAAACAAUUGGGAAUCACACAGGGACUAUGUGUUUUGAUCGAAAACAAACCGGAGAAGAAAGGUGACCGGUUCGAGGCGACAUAUAGCUUUAACUUCGGAGAAUACGGUCACAUGGCGGUGCGGGGGCAGUAUUUGACCUACGAGGACACGUACCUCUCCGUGGUGGGCGGCUCUGGGAUCUUCGAGGGGGUGUACGGCCAGGUGAAGCUGGAGCAAAUUGUGUAUCCCUUCAAAAUCUUCUACACAUUUUACUUGAGGGGGAUCAAGGAUUUGCCCGUCGAGCUACUCGGGAAGCCUGUGGAGCCCAACCGAACCAUCGACCCCAUUCUUUACUAUGCUUCUCACUGGAAACCUAUUUUACAUGUCUUGCUCUCCAAAUAUUUUGCACAACCAAAGCUCGUUUCCAGCGUUGACAAACAAAAUGCUUGAGUAUUUGCUGUUUUGCUCUUCUUAAAAUUGAUGUAAUUGAGUUGGAUGAGCGCGUCUUUGAUGUUUGCUUCAGAUUAUGGAUCGGUUUGACUCAAUAUUACCCUGUGCUUUUGCUA